GGCUGGUUCGCCGGGAGGAACCUGGCGGUGUCGCAGGUCACCACCAAGUACGUGCUGUGGGUGGACGACGACUUCAUCUUCACCCCCCGCACGCGGCUCGAGAAGCUCGUGGACGUGCUGGAGAGAACCAGCCUGGACCUGGUGGGCGGCGCGGUGCGGGAGAUCACGGGUUACACCACCACGUUCCGGCAGCGGCUCAGCGUGCGGGGGGGCGGCGCGGGGGGCGACUGCCUGCGGACCCGGCCCGGCUUCCACCACCGCCUCGCCGGCUUCCCCGCCUGCGUCGUCACCGACGGCGUCGUCAACUUCUUCCUGGCCCGCACCGACAAGGUUCGCCAGGUGGGCUUCGACCCCCGCCUGCGCCGCGUGGCUCAUCUCGAGUUCUUCAUCGACGGGCUGGGGGUGCUGCACGUGGGCUCCUGCGAGGACGUGGUGGUGGAUCACGCGUCCAAGCUGGCCCUGCCCUGGCGGCGCUCGGAGGGCGAGCGCCAGUACAACCGCUACCGCUACCCGGCGGCGCGGGACGACAGCCUGAGGCUCAAACAGCGCCUCUUCUUCUUCAAGAACCGCUUCAAGUGCAUGGCUGGGGACUGACACGGGACUGACACGGCCACCGGCACGGCCACCGGCCCGGCCACCGCCUGGGGGGGGCUGAGGGUGCGGUGACACGGGGACACCCCCGAGGGACACCCCCAGGCCACCGUCACCGGCCACCCCUGGAGCACUUGCUGGGCCGCUGGCACCAGAGUGGCCCCCGUGGGUCACCCCCAGAGUGGCAUCACCACCAUGGACACUCCGUGGGCCACCACUGGGGUCCCACAGGGCCACUAAGGGUGGGAUGACAUGGGGUCACCACUCCUGGGCCACCCCAGGGGCCACCACUGCCCUGGGGGUGGCCACAGGGCUGCCGACACCUGGGUGGCCCCCGGGUGACCCCUGGCCUGUCACACCCCGUGGGUCACCCCAGAGUGGCCACCCCCCCGUGGGACACCUCGAGGGUCACCACCCCCAGGCCACCACCAUGGGCCACCACCCCUGACUGUCCCCGGGGCACCCACGGGACACCUCCAGGGCCACUGAACCCCCCCAUGGGCUACCCCAGGGCCACCUCCAGGGCACCCCCAGGGCCACUGACAUUGGGGUGACACAGAGCCACCCCCUUGGGGGCCACCUCCAGGGCCACCCCAAGGGCCACCCCCAGGACACCCCCUGUGCCACCACCAUCAGCUGCUCCCGGGGGUGCCCGGGGGGCACCGACACUGGCCCCACCCCCGGGACACACCCCCUGGAGCACCCCCAG